AUGGGCCCUAGAUCUCGUGUUAAGUUCCACGGCCCUAGAAAGAAGAAAGAAGUGAAACCCCCAAGGCUCCAGGUAAAAGGACGGAAGCAAACCAAAGGGUGGCCCUGGCCGACCAAGAAACCAGGUCUAGAGCGGACAACAUUGAGAUCCAUAAGAGCUGGCUUUCGCGACCAGCCUGUUCCGUCCAAGGUACCCUUCAUUCGGCCAAGAAGCGCGUCACAUUUUACAGAGGAGAUCGCGCACAGCGGCAACUUCAAAGAGCAAAAUCCGCGCAAAGGCCAGCAGCAAACCCACACGGCCGUCCAGCCUCAGACGAUUCCGCCAUCUUUUGACGACCUCUACGACUCUCCGCCCGAGUCACUCAUCAUACAGGCGCCAAUUUACAGGGAGGUCGACGGCCGCCUAGAAAUCCAGCGUCCGAAUAAGUCAAUGACUGAGGAACCUAAAACCGACACUUCAGAAACCAGCGCAUCUCCCAGCUCCUUCAUCAAGACGCUCGUCACCCUCUUUGCUGGACGCCGUCAGAGCCCCCCAAAGUCCGACAACGGCAAGCAUCACUUCAGAUCCCAGUCUGUACCGACGCCCGUCAAAAACAUUGACCACGACAACGUUGAGAACCCUCGUCGAGCGCAGUCCGAAUACACUCCAACUCCCCCACUCGCUCCUCCUACGCCCCCACGCCUCACUCAUGCGCAGGUUAUUCCAGCCAUCAUGCGCCGUGUGGCCAACGAGCCGUCACAUGUGCGAAGACCCAGGGAGAUUUUCACUGCUCCGCUGCACAAGACCACGGGAGGCGCCGUGGUGUUCGAGGACGUCUUCACCCCAACUGAAGUCCAGCGAGGCUUUCACGUGCCGAGUGCGACUCAGACACCAGAGGAACUUGAGCAGUGUCGCACCAAGUCUUCCUCGACUCUACUCGAUCGCAAUGAGGAUGUUUGGGGCCGCUGGCAUGCAAAGUACGAGAAGCGCGAAACUCAUCCAUUCAAUCAUCCCGCUGCAGUACCGGCUUGA